AUGGAGGGAGCGCGACGGUUGAGGGGCUCGCAGCCGGGGCAGUGGGAGGGCGGCGGGCCCCGGGGGCCCCGAGAGAACGUUAGCCGGAGCGCGGGCCCAGGACGAGGCGCCGAGGCCGCGGGCGAUGCGGGGCGGGGGGGGGGGGGGGUGAGAGCGCAGUGCCGGCCGCCGCGGCCGCUGCUCUCGCGGCUAUUUCCCUGCGGGCGGGCCGGGCCGGCGCGAGACGCUGCGCGCGGGCGGUGCUGCGAGGGGGCGGGGCCGGAGCGCGAGCGCGGCGCGGAGGGCGGGGCCGGACGAGGGGGCAGGGCCGGAGAGCGAGACGAAGCACGCGGGCUGUGCAGCGAGGGGGCGGGGCCGGAGCGCGAGAGGGCGGGGCCUGUCAAGGGGGCGGAGCCGCGCAGGCGGCGGAGGGCGGGCCCGCGCUGGUCCAGGCGCCUGAUCCAGGCUGCCAGUGGGACGCGCGCGGUCGGAGGAAGAUCGCCGGCUGCUGGCGGGCCGGCGGCUGGCGUCCCCGCCUCUGCCGGGAGCCCGCUGUGUAGCCCCGCCCGCCUGGCCGGCAGACUCUCCUCCUACCUGACUUCUUUUUGUUCCCGUCGCCCCGCCCCCGCCACCGUAGGGUCGCCUCUAGCGCGGCCGGGCCGCUUCCCAUCCAGGCGAAAGCAAUCGAGCCCCGCUGGGGCAGCCGCGAGCCCGGUCGGCGGACCCCCGAGACCAGCGGGACCGCCCCGGCUCCCGGAGCCCAAAUCGGGUCCGUGA